AUGGCCGAGCCAACGAAGACCGAUAUCCAGGCGAUUUUUAAACGUCUUCGGGGAGUUCAGACAAAUAAGAUAUGUUUUGACUGCCGUGCUAAGAAUCCUACCUGGGCCAGUGUUACCUAUGGUGUGUUUCUGUGCAUUGACUGCUCUGCUACCCAUAGAUCCCUAGGAGUACAUGUCUCUUUCAUCAGAUCCACACAAUUAGAUACAUCAUGGACAUGGCCUCAAUUACGGGCAAUGCAAGUGGGUGGCAAUGCCAAUGCUAUUGGAUUUUUCCGUCAACAUGGUUGUAAUACGAAUGAUACCAAUGCAAAGUACCACAGCCGAGCUGCACAGUUAUACAAAGAUAAACUUAAAAAGCUUGGAAACGAUGCUAUGAGAAAAUAUGGUGCACAGUUGCACAUUGAUGGAGUAGGUAGCCAGUCACCAGUCGUUAAGGAAGUUGAUUUUUGGAAGGAGCACACAGAGCCGGAGCAGCCUGUGGAGCCAAUGAUCCCUGAGAACGACGAAGUGGAAGAUAAUGGUAGUAGUAUUGCUUUGUCUCGUCCUAUAGCAAUAAAAAAUGGCAAUGGGCUUGCUAGAGCCGCAAAUCUUUCCCCUGGAAAAGAUGAAGGCAGUGAUGUUGACCAGAGAGCACCUAACGUAGAAGCUGCUUUAAGCAUGUCACCAACUACUGCUAUGGCUAAAGCUGAACCUAGGAAAUCUACCAUUGGACAAAGAAAGCCAGCUAGUGCCAAAAAAGGGCUCGGAACCAGGAAAGGUGUAGGAGCACAGAAAGUAAAAAUAGAUUUUGACGCGAUAGAAUCACAGGCCCUCAAGGAAGAUAUGAAACGACAUGAAGCAGCAACAAAACCAAAGUCACAAGAUGAAAUAAAUGCAGAGGCUGCAUCUAUGCGGUUAGCAUACCAAGAUCUUAGUUUACAAAAGAAGAAAGAGGAAGACAAGCUGAAAAGUGCUGAUCCAAAGAAAGCACAGCAAAUGGAGAGAUUAGGAAUGGGAUUCAGUGGAAGAGGGGGAGUGUCUCAUUCAGCACUCUGCGAUAUGUCAACAAUAGAACAAGUCAACCCCGUGCAAUCUGAAAGACUUUCUUACAACAGACGCACUGACAUUCUAGAAGAAUAUGAUAUUGGAUUUACAAGUAGAGGCCCACCAAGGUAUUCUGAUACUCCGUUUGACAGAUCUGUUGACGACUCUAAAGAUGGAUGGGACAAGAUAGAAACUCCUACAACUUCCUCAGUUUUGAGUAUAUUAGAAGAAGCAGAAAAAGAAAAAGAACAGAAAACAAGAUCAAAGAAUAAAGAUUAUGAACCCUCAUCAGCUGCCCCAGGUAGUGACGCUCAGAAGAAGUUUGGAAAUGCCAAAUCAAUAUCAUCUGAUCAGUUCUUUGGAGGUGAAUCUUCGUACGAAACUCGUGCUAACCUAUCCCGUUUUGAAGGCAGUGCCAGUAUAUCUAGUUCUGACUACUUUGGUGAUGGUCGUUCUCAAACGCCUAGUUCCUAUUCUGCCACUGCUGGUGGAUUUAGUGAUAUCAAAGAUGGCAUGAAAGAAGGAGUCGUUCAAGUAGCUGGAAAAUUAUCUAGAUUAGCAAAUGGUGUCAUGACAUCGAUACAGGAUCGCUAUGGUAAUAGUUAGAUGGAUAAACACUGUAGCAAUCUUGGUAGUGCCCUGAAGAGUGAAUGCGUAUUGGUCAUACUGUGUACAAAGAAUUUACGUAACUUAUUAUUUAUCUAUUGAAAAAAAAAUAUUGAUUACACAUGUAGAAUUCUUUUAAAACUUGUUACUAUUUAUCUUGUGCAAUUGUUUACAGGAUUAUGGCUCAUAGUGACUGAUCAUUCCUUUGAAGACUGCCCUCACAGUAAUAGGUGGAUUCUUUUGUUUUUAUGUAAAUCAGGAUGUUCAAAGAAAUCAGGCUGAAGUUUGCAGUACGAUUAAUGUACAGGGAGGGAGGGGGUUGUGCUGAGUUUGCUUACAA